AUGACGGAGCACGAAUCUUCGAUUACCAUGGGCAAGAACAGAUCGCUUCUCCGAUCUGUGCCCUUUAACAUCCUCAUCGCUUGCGGUGUGUCCUUCACGGCUCCAGGCAUGUGGGACGCUCUAGGCGGCUUAGGUGCUGGUGGAGCAGCUGUGCCAUACGCGGUCUCUGCUGCCAAUGCUCUGGUAUAUGGUCUAUUCGCCAUCGUCUGCGUCGCCGCAGGUGCAAUAAACAACCGCAUAGGAUUGAAAUACGGUCUUGCCUUGGGUGCUAUCGGCUACCCACUUUACGGCGCUGGACUGUACACCAACAGCACCGGCACGAAUACCUGGUUCCUGCUAUUUGGGAGUGCACUUUGCGGCAUAUCAGCUGGCUUUUUCUGGGCGGCUGAAGCAGCUAUUAUCAUCGGUUAUCCUUCACCUGGCGAUCGAGCCUUCUAUCUUGCUACAUGGCAGACGGCGAAAGCUGCUGGACCAAUCGUCGGCGGCGCCAUAAACCUCGGUCUCAACGCUAACCGCAAAACUGCUGGCUCAGUGUCAACGUCAACGUAUAUCGUCUUCAUAGUCAUCAUGUGCCUCGGCCUCCCAAUCGCCCUCUGCCUGACACCCGCACAGAAGAUCUGGCGUAAGGAUGGGACUCGUGUCGUCACCUCCCGCGCCGCAUCUUGGGGUGCUGAGUUCAAAGCUGUUGGGAAGUUGUUCAUCUCUCGACGGAUACUACUGCUGCUUCCAGCAUUCUUCAUCAGCUACUUCUACAAUGGUUUCACCAGCACCUGGCUCACAACAUACUUCACCGUCCGCUCGAGAGCCUUUAGUAGCUUCUUCACCAACUUCGCUGGUAUCUUCUCGUCGUUCCUCAUUGCUUCCCUGCUCGAUAACCAGAAGAUUCAUAUCCGGACUCGUGCCAGAAUCGCAUUUAUCUCCAUCAUCACGGUGCUCGUGGGGACAUGGAUAUGGGCCUCUGUUCUCCAGCAACAGUUCUACACUGCGGCUGGGACACCUGUCUUUGAUUGGUUCCAAGGAGGCUUCGGGAAGAGCUACGCUCUGGUCUUCUUCUGGCAGUUCGGGGGGCAGGCAUUCCAGCAAUUCUUGUAUUGGCUUGUUGGGCAAUACACAACAGAUCUAAGUAAUCUCAGCCAUCAUACUGGUAUUCUUCGAGGCGUGGAAGCCUUGGGGCAGACGGUUGCCUGGGCCAUGCAAUCCGAAGGCAAGGCGAAUCAUUUCGUCAGCAUUGGGAUCAACUUCGGCAUCACAUUGCUUUGCAUCCUGCCGACCUGGAUCGUGCUCUCAGAGCUGAAAGGGAGUCAUGAAGUCACUGUGGAGAAUGUUGGCGUGAUCCCUAAGCUGGACGGAGAGGGCGAUGCAUGA